AUGGCCGUUAUGACGCCCGCUCAUUACUUACCCACUUCGAUGACGGUGAUCUUGCUCGGGGUAGUUGUCUCAUCGAUAUUCCUCCGAUGGCUUCUCGAGUUCUGGAAUAUGAGACAUAUCCCGGGCCCUUUUCAAGCCAAGAUCACAAACUUCUGGAUGGCAAGUAAGCUUUGGAACUGCGAGGACUUCAGAGAUAUUGCAUUAGACUUGCAUGCAAAGUACGGACCUGUCGUCAGAUAUGGACCAAACCGAGUCCUCUUGGGUGAUCUGUCCGCUGUUUCCGCCGUCUUCAAUACGAAGCACCCCCUGGUCAAGUCCGAGUCCUACGAGGUCGCCUUCCAAGCCGUCAAUGGGAAACUGAUCAGCUCACUCGCCACCACACGCGACGAGGCGCGAGUGUCUGCCCUGAAGAAACAAAUCAUCUCGGCAUUCACGACGACAGCCAUCCUCGACUACGAGCAUCACAUCGACCACAACAUUAAAUCUCUGAUGAAAUAUCUUGAAGAAGACGGGCCCGAUGUCAAUAUCGCCAAAUGGUGCAUCUUUUUCACUUUCGACACAAUCUGCCGCAUCGCUUUCAGCGACGAUCAAGGCUUCAUGGAUAAGCAAAGCGACCUCGGCAAUACUUUGCAAGGCGCCCGCGAACGCUUCUCGCACUGGCACACCUGGCAAUCACUGCCCAAGCUGGAGAAACUGCUCUUCAAAAACCGCUUCGCUUCUCGAGUGACCGGGACCUCUCUCCUGGCGAAGCUUGCGGGCGAGCGAGUCCAAAAGAGAAUCGAAGACGGUGGAAUAGGAGCCCACUCCGACCUCCUCGACCGAUACCUUCAAGCCAGUAUCCGUGAUCCAGUCACCUUUGACAAAUCCACCAUCCUCGGCCUCGUGAUUUCCAUCAUCCAUGCUGGAGCUGAAACCACUGCCUCAACACUCAGCAUCGUGCUGCACUACCUCUUGACGAAUCCCCAAGCCAUGAAGAAGUUGCGCGAAGAAAUCUACGCCGCGAACCUCUCGUCCCCGCCGCCGUGGCUGUCCGUCAACAAGCUCCAGUACCUCGAAGCCGCGGUCAAAGAAUCGAUGCGCAUGAACCCGCUCCUCCAAGACCCCAUUGAGCGCGACGUGCCGGAGUCCGGAAUGGAAAUUUCAGGCGUCUUCAUCCCCGGUGGAACCAUAGUAGCGAUCAAUGUACAUGCCUUGAGCCGAGACCCCACGAUCUGGGGUGACGAUUUCGCUGUGUACCGCCCAGAACGCUGGCUCGAGGCCGGCGAGGCUCAAAUCUCCAAGAUGGAGCGGGCGAAUUUGUCCUUCAGCGCCGGACGGAGGAUGUGCAUUGGGCAACACAUUGCCUGGAUCGAGAUGAAGAAGUUCUUGUCCGAGUUAUUGAAUAGAUUCGACGUGGGUCCUGCCGAUUGA